ACUUAAAGCAGCGCGCCGCUGUCCAGUGUUGAUGUGUCGCAGAUUUUAAAAAGAGUUUGGAUCCUCGGAGCAGGGCAGAAGUGUUGACAGAGACCGGAGAGGAGCCUCGGAGGACGCGCCGCCUCUGCGUUUACACCAUCGCCGGGAAAUUUUUCACAAUUUAAUUUUUAUUUCUGCACUUCGCGUUUGAAGAAACAGUUUAUUUCGUCCUGCUCGGAGCGAAGGAAGGAAGGUGCGCGGAGAUGGAGCUGUCAUCUAUAGGAGACCAAGUGUUUGCAGUUGAGUCAAUAACAAAGAAGAGAGUGAGGAAGGGUAAUGUGGAGUACCUUCUCAAAUGGCAAGGAUGGUCCCCGAAGUACAGCACUUGGGAACCAGAGGACAAUAUUUUAGACCCUCGUCUGGUUCUGGCCUACGAAGAGAAUCAGGAGAAGAUCCGAGCACUGGCCUAUCGCAGGAAAGGUCUCAGACCCAGGAGGCUCGUUCUGCGGAACAUCUUCGCCAUGGACCUCCGCAGCGCCCACAAGGUGACGGAGAAGCCCCCGCCUCGCCUCCGCCUCUCCCUCACCAGAUCCAUGAGCACCGACGUGGACCAGGUGGACCGUGGCAGCAUGUACCGCCGCCAGGCCCGGAGGAGGAUCAGGCAGAGGGUGGCGGCCAAGAGGCGGCAAGAGGCGGUGACCUCCAACAAACCCCUCCAUCCGCAGAGGAAGAAGAUGGAGUCCAUGGAGGAGGACUGGGGCGGCACCAGCGAAGAAGACAAGCAGUCUGAAAGCACCACCGAGGAGAGAUGUGGAGACAGUAUAUACGGUCCGUCUGAGUGCAGCUCACCUCCGUUGCUGGAGCGACAGGACUUGGAGAUGAAGGAGGAGGAGGAGGAGGAGGAGGAGAAGGUGGAUGACGACUUGAUGCCGGGAAGCGCAGCAACGUGGAUGGACGGACCGGAUGACGACACAAGACGGGAACAGACAUUUGACCAGUCGAGGGAUGGCAGCGGCUCGGCGUCUGAGACCGGGCCGGGGGAUGCGGUUUCCGUGGGCGACAGGUCAGACUGGGGCGGCGAGGAAGAGGGCGAGGAGGCGGAGCUUCCCAGAGCAGAAAAGAGCGUCUUUUAUCCGAGAAGCAACGCGACUUCUGUGAUAGUGAGCGUCAAGGGGAGCGGCGAGGCGGUUGCCGAGGACGACAACGCCGUCUGCUCCACUGAUGCUGACACUCACAGUGUUACCACGACGACACUGGGCAGUCAGACUCCUCCUCCUCCUCUUCCAGCUGCAGGAAAGCAUCGUCCCGGGGAGGUGAUUGUUACGAAUGUGACUAUAAACUCCCUGACGGUGACGAUUCAAGAAGCCACGGUGGCCGAAGGCUUCUUUAAAGGAUACUGAAGUAACAGCAAUUAUCCACAAACAAAAAAAAAAAAAAACAAGAUGAACAAGUCCAGUUGUCCCUGCUUCAUCUUGGUUUUUUUUUGUGGAUGAACCAUGACGUGGAUGACGAGAAGCUUCACAGACACCAUGAUUAGACUCUCCGCUCAUUUUGUACAUGUAAAUAGUCGUGUAUGUAAGAUAAAUUCCACAUGUUUACAAAGCUACUCAUUUCCUACCGGGUUCAGUGAAGACAUUAUUGUCUUUGCAUUCAAAAAAAAAAACAACAAAAAAAAGUGGCUCGUUUAUUCAAAGGAAAAAGGAUCCAAGGCCCCGUUCACACCUUCCUUUAACAUCCGACCUGAGAGAUCUGAUCACAAGUGUCCAGGUUCAAGUACAAACUUUUUCACAUCUAGAAAAGUGAUUCCUUUGGUCCUGGGUCCCAUUAAAGAGUUUAACUCAUUCAUUUAUCCACCAUUAGAAAUAAAUAAUCAUUAGUAAUGAGCCUUUUAAAAUAUUCUCUCCUUGUAGCUGUUAACUAACUAAAUCAUAAAUAAAUGUAAACUAGAUUUAGAUUAUUUAAUGAGCAAAGUGAGCAUAGUGUCUUUAUUGACCCCUUCAGUUUGUAAACAGUGUGAUGUAUUUUUGAGGGGCGGAGCUUAGCUGGAGGCAAAACAUCUAAUACACUAACACCAAUUACUGUAUUUCAAUGGACCUUUUUUAGCGAGAAUGGACGAGUUAAACUCAUAUUUCAGAGAACAUAAUAAUAAACUCACUCCCUGAGAUAUUUUAACACUUUUCUUUUUUAUUGUACUCUCACUCUCACUCACUGGUCUUCCUUUAUCAAGUGAAGCCUCUCCGACGAAGAUAUUACAAUAAGUAAGUGUGGAGGGGGACGUAGCAAACGCAACUUCUGCUUGGACACCCCUGAAACACACAACUAAUGUUGAGUUGGCUAGUAGGUUAGCAUUAGCAUUAACAUGUAACAAGAAUCCCCUGAAUAAUUAUUAACUUAAUGUAAUUUCAGUCAAAAUUUAGUCAAAUCCAUAAUGUUUUCCGGGCUGAAACUGAUGAUGUAAAAACAUAUUAAUGUUUUCCGACAUGAAAUGUUUGCAUUGUUUAUUGUCUCACUUCAAUCCUUUCUGCUAAUUGCCAAAGCCAAAUUAAAGUUGUCUUUAACUGGCAGUGGCUGGUAUGUGAUAAAACUUCAAGGUAGUAUUUUUGAUUUUUCGACAUUUUCAUGGUUGAAAGUGACUGUUCGCCUCCAACUUCCCUCCGUUUUGCCUCCAGCUGAUGUUGGUAGGUCAUGAAUGGGUCUAUUUACCAGAGAUCUCUGCGUCAAACAGCUCAGUUUAUGGAAGUUUUCAGUGUUCAAAAAAUGUUAAGCAUUGUCUCUAAAAUAACUAACGUCACACUAGAGAACAGUCAGUAAAUAAUAACUUCCGAUGUGUGUGAUUUUUAGUGACUUGGCCGACCGGUUGUGAUCAGAUAUUUGAGGUUGGAUGUUAAUUCCAGGUCCGACCGGAGCCUCAGUAGCAGGUUUCAUUCCUAAGAGACGAUGUUGAGACCUCAAAUAAUUCGAUGCAGCUACUUUCUUUCCAGUUCUCUCCAGUGCUUUCCAGACAGACGUCGGUCUCAAACUCAAACCUGUUCUCGGGGCUCGUUUUCAGUCGCUCCUCUUUCUUACUGAUAACAUUUUGUAAAGAUGUUUUUUUUUGUUGUUGCUGUUGUAUUUCUAUAUCCUUUUUUUUUUUUUUUUUGUGCCUCUAGUGUUUGCACAGAGCGAACCGCAUGCUACAUCAGUCGUUGCCUCUCGUACACAAAGCCCCGUCCUUCGCUUUGUUCUAGUGGUUUAUUUCUGUCACAAAAGAAAUGAAUCAAAAAAAAAAAGAAUUAAUGCCUGCCGCUUUUUAGAUGAACUUCUGCAUUUCAAGGAUGCACAAAAGAGACGUGUUUGCUGCUGUCUGUCUGUCCGUCCUGUAACUUUUCAAGUAUGAAACGCUACCUGGUUCUAUUUUUGUAUUACCAUCUGAUAACUGAUAAGAGCAGAUAUCAGCUUGUUCUUGUCCACUGUGUAGGUACGUCGGGUCGGACCGUAGUGAGCUCUUAUUUAUUGCAUGUCACAUGUAUAAGCUAAAAUAACCUACGUCACUCAAUGUGUCGCACUCUGACCAAGUCUUCUCUCUGAAAACCCGUUUUUAUUUUGACUGUAUUUCCAAUAAAUAUGUACUAAAAAUAAAAUAAAAAGCGAAGCCUC